CACCGAUUCCCACCUAGAAACCCUCGUCGUCUGUCUCACACCUCAUCGCCGCCGCACCAUCUCGCUCGCUCCUCCCCUCCGAACACCCGAGUCCAAGGCCAAACCACGCGCGCGGCCUUAAACCCCACCGCGCCCCUUUAUCCGAGAUCCGACGGCCCGGAUCUAUCCUCUCCCCUUCCGACGCCCCGUUCCCGCCCUUCUCUCCAUGUCGCCGCCGGCGGCCGGCGCCACCGCCACCUCCGGCGAAGCGCCGCCGUCGCCGCGCGAGCUCUACACCAUCCCGGCCUCAUCUGGUUGGUUCCGGUGGGACGGGAUCCACGAGACGGAGCGACAGGCGCUGCCGGAGUUCUUCGGCGGCGCGGGCGGCGCCGGUUUCGGGACGGCGACGCGGAACCCUCGGAUCUACCGCGAGUACCGCGACUUCAUCAUCGGCAAGUACCGGGAGGACCCCGCCCGCCGCCUCACCUUCACCGAGGUCCGCAGGGCGCUCGUCGGCGACGUCACGCUCCUCCAGAAGCUCUUCGCCUUCCUCGACGCGUCCGGCCUCAUCAACUUCUCGGUCACGCCCUCCUCCUCCCGCCCCGCGGGGCAGCAGCAGGAGGCGGGAGUCGUCGUGGAGGCGCCCGUGGGGCUGCAGGUGACGCCGCGGCCUCCAGCGUCGUACUUCGCGGAGGAGAAGCGGGGAGGGGGCGGGGAGAACGGGUUCCGCCUGCCGCCGCUGACCUCCUACAACGAUGUGUUUGGAGAGUGGGCGCCUGGGAAGGCGCCUAUAUGUGGUUUCUGCGGCGAAGAGUGCAAGGAUAGGGAGUUUGAAACAUUGGAGGAUGGUUUUAAAGUAUGUUCCAAAUGUUCCAAAACCAAUAAUGACAACAAGGAAGAAGCAACUAAAUGUCCUGGUGACAAAAAGGAGAGCGUGGACAACCAUGCUUCCAGUGCAUGGACAGAAGCGGAGACGUUACUCCUUUUAGAAGGAGUCCUAAAACAUGGAGAUGACUGGGAUCUUAUUGCUCAGCAUGUCCGCACAAAGAAUAAAUCAGAAUGCAUAGCAAGGCUUAUUCAGUUGCCUUUUGGUGAACAUAUGCUGGGCACAAUAAAUGGUAAAUCUGUUAGCAGGCUCCACAUGAACCAAACAACUGAUGGAAAAAUGAAUCAACACAUUAUGAAUGAAUCUUCAAGCCAAUCAAUUGAAAUGGUUGAUGGCAUGCAGAUUGAUGGAAAGGAAGAUAGUGCUGAUAAAUCUGCUGAAGAACAUCCUGCAAAAUGUAGACGGUUAUUUUCCUCAAUGGAUGCUACCACUUCAUUAAUGGAGCAGUUAGCACUGCUGACUACAGCAACUAGCCCAGAUGUUCUUGCUGCAGCUGCUGAUGCCGCAAUUAAAGCGUUGGGCAAUGAAAACCCCCAAGCAAGGAAAGCUUUCCGUCUCAGUGAGAGAGAAUACAAAAAUAAGGCAUUCUCUUCUAACCAUGUCCAACAGAUUGAUUGCAAAGGUUGUGAUCAGGACACGGAAAUGCAAGGGCAGACUGUUACUGAUAAGAAGCAGGAAAAAAAGUUCAUUGCUACUGCAUAUCAAGUGAGGGCAGCUGUUGCUACUGCUAUCGGUGUAGCUGCUGCCCGUGCUAAAAUACUUGCAGACCAGGAAGAGCGAGAAAUGGAGCUCCUUCUGGCGUCUAUAAUUGAAACUCAGCUAAGAAAGAUACAAUACAAGAUCAAGCACUUUGAUGAGCUAGAGUUGAUCAUGGAGCAGGAGUACACCACUAUACAGCAAAUAAAGGGGUCCCUCGUCAAUGAAUGGCUAAAGGUCCUGGGGCAAGCAUUUCAGGCUGGAGUGUCAUUACCCAGAGAUGAAGUGCUUACAAAGCUGUUCCUGAACAAGGAGACGGGGCACGAGCUGCCGGAGCGGGAGAAGGAGGCCUACGCGCGGUCCCGCGCCUGCCGCCUCGCGCUCAUCGAUCACGCCGUCGCGCGCAAGAAGCCGCCGCUCAACGCCUUCAAGCCCCACCCCGAGCACAAAUCGAAGCUAGUAUGCAACAUCACGGGAGAUACAAUAAACAAGUCGGAGGAGCACAUCUGGAAGCACAUCAAUGGGAAGAGAUUUCUUAACAAACUAGAACAACUUGAAGAAAAGAUGGCUUCUGGUGAGAUGGCUGAAGGAGAAGCUGCAAAGUCAAAUGAAGUGGCAAAGAAAAGCAAAUCAAGCAAGAAGGACAAGAAGAAAGCUACUGUUGUGAGCCUUUCUUUGCCACGAGAACCUAAACCAGAGAUGGAUGAUUCGGAUGAUCCAGAUUUCUGGGUGCCUCCUGUUGGAAGUCGUUGGGAUGAUGAUGACGGGAAAGAUCGUUGGGAGUCCUCUCCUGGGAAGAACGAUGCAGCAGAGAAUGAAGGUGCAUCUGGUGACGGUGGUAGUGGUGGUGGUGAUGAUGAUGAUGAAAUGGCUGACAAGGAUGAUGCUGAAUCAAGGGAACUUGCUUCAAGCAGGACAAAGCGAAUGACACUAGAAGCAGUAGGGCCGAGUAGCUUCGCUUCAAGGAAGAAAAAACCCAAAAAGGAUCAGUGAGUUGAUCAGAGAUCUAUGUUUAGUUAUUCAAGAAUUCGUUUCGUUUUCCUUCAUACAGAGGAACAAACUUAAUCUGUUGGAUUCUUGGGUUGAGUAAUCGGUGACAGGUUUUGUGCUAGUUAGUAUGCUUUUUGGUUAA